GAGCAGGUGCGCGAGGUGUAGUUUUCGAGUCUGCACGCGCAAAGCAGAGCGAUAUCUGUCGAGUUAUUCGUUUAGAGGAGAAAAGGGGGAACGACCACUUCACAAAAAGCAAUCAACUACAACCGAGCGUCUUUGGGAAACACACCGAAGCCGGGAGACAUUUUGCGGGGAGGAGGAUUACACCUGCGCGCAAGUGGACAACACUUUUCUUCUUCUUCUCCUUUUUUUUUUUACUUUGCACAAGUCCAACUCUUCAAGGACCCGAGAUGGCCAACGCCGGUUUGCAGAUUUUGGGGUUUGCCCUGUCGCUGCUGGGUUUAAUUGGAUUAAUAAUUGGCACAAUUUUGCCCCAGUGGAAGAUGUCCGCGUACGUCGGAGACAACAUCAUCACGGCGGUGGCCAUGUAUCAGGGACUGUGGAUGUCGUGCGCAUUCCAGAGCACAGGCCAGAUCCAGUGCAAAGUUUACGACUCCAUUCUACAGCUCGACGGUGCCCUGCAGGCAACACGCGCCCUCAUGAUUGUAAGCAUCAUUGUGACAGUGGCCGGCCUGGGUGCAGCCUCCAUGGGAAUGAAGUGCACCAACUGUGGGGGAGAUGACAAGACACGCAAGUCCCGCAUUGCCAUGGCUGGUGGUGUUAUCCUUUUGAUUGGAUCUCUCUGUGCCAUAAUUGCCUGCGGUUGGUUCACCCACAACAUCGUCAAAGACUUCUACAACCCCUUCACACCUGUUAAUACCAAAUAUGAGUUUGGUUCAGCCAUCUUCAUUGCCUGGGCAGGAGCAUUCUUGGAUGUAUUUGGGGGCUGUAUGCUUGCAGCAUCCUGCCCAGGGCGCAAACCUACACCCAAGUACCCCAUCUCCAACCGACCCCCCAGCAGUACCAAGGAAUAUGUUUGAGCAGGAUUGUGCACUUCAUCUCCAACCAACACCCCCCCCCUCCCAGCAGUACCAAGGAAUAUGUUUGAGCAGGAUUGCGCCCGGGGUCUAGACAUUGAAGGAUUUUAAAAAAUAUCUGUCAGUCCAGCUCAAAGGCGCAGAUUGUUCAGGGAAGGUUUAUCGAAGUGGGUGGUCUGUGUAUUUUUAUUUUGUACUUUUAUUUUUAAAAUCGUCACUAUCUGCUAUUUUAACAAGCAUUACAUUCUGAACGCCAGCUCAUGUUUACUUCUAAGGUUGAUCGGAUCGAGUGUGUCCUCACCAAAUGGUGUGCCUUGUAUGCUGAUUUUACCACUGUUGAGGUAUGCUAAAUUAUAUCUUAGCUGGCCAAUUUUACCAAUAUUUUUAAAGAAAAUUUUGUUUUGCAUGUUAAGCACUUAUUGAAAUAAAUUAGAAAACUGCUUAAAUGCAAAUUAAACAAAACUACCAAUAUUCUCGAGUGACGUCCUGUAACCAAGGUAAGCCAGUCACAAAAACGUACCACCUGGCAGGCUUUGGGCUUGAGACUUUAAGCAUGGUUCAGUUGCAAUUGCCACAUACUGUGUUAUAUGCCAAAAGUAGGUUUGGUAUACUUUUGGCAUUGGUAUGUACUGAAUGAAAAUUGCAUGUGGUAAGGGAAAAAUACCAUCCAUCACCCCAUGUAAGCAUAGACCAGAAGCGUACUGUGUAUAUACACGUGUUAUUGUAGUGAAUUUAAUGUCUUUUUAACUUGUGCCUCAUUUGUAUAAACAAGAUAUGACCAUGCUGAGUUACAUUCUAAGGUGUUUUCUUUGAAUCAGUUUUCUGAGCUGACUGAUUGCUUGUUAACGUGCACAAACAGAAACACUUGGUACUCACCAAUAACUCGGAUUGCCAAAGGUUUUUUUUUCCCCUCUGAUCUGCUGCGUGGCAGAAGUGGUCAGACAGUUGUGACCCAAUAGUCUCUUAACUAGUGUGUGCCUGAGUGGACUUUUAAACAUUUGUUUGUGAUUUGAGAAAUUUAUAAUGAACAUAAAAUAAAAUUUUAAAA